GAUUAUUUGACGAAUCAAAUUCUAGCUCUCAAAUGUCGUAUUUUGCAAUAUGCGCGCAUUAUUUACAAUACCGGUACUAUUUACAUGUAUUUCCCCCUAAAACUCUUUCAAAGGAAAGCAAUGAGAACAUUAAGGGAGAAAUAACCAAUCUUUUUGCUCUAAGUAUGCAAAAAUAGUAGUCGUUCUUUGACAACUCUCAAAAUUUUUGUUUUCUUGGUUGAACUAUAUUUCUCGCGAUUUAGUCACUCGACUGUAAAACGGUUCAGGAAGUGGAAUGCAUGUGAAAUAUUUCGUAACCUUUUACUUGUAUUUCAAUUACAUAGAACUAUGAAGAUUUGGUCAUCGGAACACGCUUUUAGUCACCCUUGGGAGACAGUGGUCCAAGCAGCAUGGAGAAAGUACCCAAACCCCCACAAUACCAGUGUAGUAGGAAUAGAUGUUGUAGAUCGCAAGGUUGACAAAGGAAUACUGAAAUCUCACAGACUUCUCAGCACAGAAUGGGGACUUCCAGACUGGGCUGCCAGGUUAAUAGGAAAAGACAAGAUAGCUUAUGGCAGUGAAUACUCAGAGGUAGACUCAACUUCAAGAUCCAUGACACUUAAAUCCAGAAAUAUAACAUUCUGUAACUAUAUCUCAAUAGACGAAACCUUAAUAUAUCAACCACAUCCAGAAGAUCAGAAUCGUACUUUAUUAAAGCAAGAGGCCCGAGUGACUGUGAAAAAUUUAGCAUUAUGCAGUUAUUUCGAAAACUUGUUGACGAAUAACAUCUCCAAGAAAGCUGACAAGGGCAGGGAAGCAAUGGAAUGGGUCAUUAGUAAAAUAAAAGCAGAGACCGUGGAUCUCUCUCAGGCAGCUAGGCAGAGUAUGGACUCAGUGAUGCACAACGUAUCUAACCUGGAAAGUACUGUAUAAUGAUGGAGAAAUUAGGUAAUAAAAGGAAUGGAAACAUCAACGAAUCAGGAUUUAGGACAGGUGUAUGUGUGGAUCUGAAGUAUCAUGUGAUCUCAAAUGAUGCUCCGAUUGUACAAGUUCCUACUGCUGGUAUUGUGUCUUAUGAAUCUAUAUCAGCCUGUUACCUCAUAUCAUCAAUUCAGGGCCCAAAGA